AUUCGAUCUUUAUUGCCAAUCCAUUUAGGAUCCCAAAAUGGAGUCCACCGAGUCGAAAGCAAGAUCAUCCUCAGAUACCGGUAUCGACCAAAUAACCCCCCAACAGGCCGUUAAUGAUCGAUAUGAAGAGCUUUUAAUGGCGCAAGAGUCAUCUCCUGACAAAGUUUUCAUUAGUGGAUUCUCUCUCCGAUCUUUAGAUCCAAAUCUUGUUGUCCUCGAUGAAGAAAAGAACGAGCACCCACGAAGUUGGACUUUCUCAAAGAAGGCUGGCACUACCGCUAUCAUAGGGGCAUUCGGUUUCCUAUCCCCCUUCGCGAGCACCAUCUUUGCGCCCUCCGUGCACCUCCUCAUGGACGAUCUACACAUCACUGAUAGCACUGUCGGCGCUCUUCAGGUCUCAGUCUUUCUCUUUGCGUAUGCAGUCGGCCCGCUCUUUCUCGCUCCACUUAGCGAGAUGUAUGGUAGAGCUAUUAUAAUAAAUGGUGGUAACAUUGUUUUUGUUAUUUUUUCGAUUGGUGGAGGUUUCUCAAAGACGCCCACCCAAUUCAUCGUUACGCGCUUCCUUGCCGGGCUCGGUGGCUCGUCCGCUAUUGCUGUCAUUGGGGGUGUUGUUGCUGACAUCUGGAAUCUCGAAGCGAGACCUAAAGCUUCUGGUGCUGUUAUGCUCGGACCAAUACUAGGUCCUAUUCUCGGUCCAGUAUGUGGAGGAUGGAUGUCCCAACUCGCAUCCUGGAGAUGGACGCUUUGGGUUCCCGCCAUCGCCAGCGGUCUGCUCGCCGCCUUUGGCAUGAUAUUUCUUCCCGAGACCUACGCCCCCCGCAUAUUACAGAAGAAACUGCGCCGCGAGAGAGCGCCUCAGACCAACGGUCAUCUCUACACAGUUCUAAACCUCCAGCCUCAUCCAUCUAGCCUUGGGUUCCUAUUAAGCCAAUUCAUCAGACCCAUCGUCUACCUCAUACUCGAUCCAGCCCUCCUCCUUGCUUCGAUAUUCUAUUCCGUCAUCUUUGGCGUGAUUUACCUCGUCAUCGUAACCUACUCCGAUGUCUUCGGUCUGGGAUACCACCAUUCUGUCGGAAUCGUAGGCACAGAUUUCCUCGCCGUCGGCAUCGGCAUGGUCAUUGGAACAAUCGUCACUGUUAAAGUCAUGGAGACUAUAUUUAAGAAAGACGCUGCCACCGGCCAAGUGAAGUACAAACCCGAGUCCCGUCUCAUAAGUUGUAUAAUUGGUGCUAUAGUCACAGCUGGUGGCCUUUUCUUAUACGGGUUCACUGCCCUCAAGACUCACUUCAUCAUCCCGCUUGUUGGAAUGGCCGUUUUUUCUAUCGGGGCCAUGAACAUUAUGAUGGCCAUUCAGUUAUACACUAUUGAUGGGUUCCAGUACCCUGCUUCCGCUUUUGCUGCGAUUUCAGUCCUGCGGUGUAUUUUUGCAGGCGCUUUUCCAUUGUUCGGACCGAAGCUUUUCGAGAGUCUUGGGAUCAAUUGGGGUGUUGCUUUGCUGGCAUUUCUUGUUUUAGGUGUUGGGUUACCGCUGGUUAUGCUUCUAUAUGUUUUUGGACCAAGAUUGAGGAAGACUGGUGUUGGGAGGUUGGAGAGGUUUGAAGGCAACAAGGAGAAGUAG